CAUGAUUUAAAGCUUUGCUCAAUUUUCUGCACUGAUCUUUUCAACUUAUUUCGGACAUUCAAAGCAAGGCAAGAUGAAUGCUGACAAAGUAGAACUAGCACGGAAAUAUGAUUUGAUAAGUUCCGUUUGUAUACAGAGUCGACUUCGUGAUGAAGCUUUAGAAUUGACCGAUUUCGUUGAAAACGACGACGUACUCGUUGUUGGCUGUGAUUCUGGAAGGCUUUGCAAAAUGUUGUCUCCUUUUGUAAACUCAGUUACGGGCCUAGAUAUCUCUCACGGAUUGGUGGAGUUCGCUAGAAUUGAAAACUCAGGGCACAAUAUACGAUACUUUGAAGAAGACGCGCAGACGUUUGGUCCUCUUCUUACCGACUGGCGGGAAAAGUUCGAUAAAAUUCUGAGCAUGACAGCUCUUCAUUGGUGCUUUGAAAAGAGCGUCUUAAAGAAUAUUUACCAGUGUCUUAAACCAGGAGGUAUAGUCCUCCUUGAUUUCCCUGCACAUUCCCAAAUUGUUUCAGAAUGGAGUCCCUACGGUGAAACUUGCGAUGUAUGGAUCAGAAAACAUCCAAAAUGGGGGCAAUAUCUACAGGUAUGUAUGCAGCAUAAUAAUAUCCUACAGUUGAUAGUUUCACGUAUUGGCUAA